AAAUUGCCCAGAUGACCGGGAACUACGAAGGUACCAGUGUACAAAGCUCAAAAAAAAAAGUUGCCGCCCCUCAACAAAAUCCAGCUUCUGUCCAGUUGGCAUUUCAAAGUUCAACCCAGUUGUCGGUGAGAAAUCACUUCCACUUCCACUUCCACUACCUAGAAAAAGAUUCUGCCGGCAAUCUUCCUUCGUAUCCCCUCUAACUCCCCUCUAAUCUAGGCUCAGUACUACGAUGGGACAAGGCAUAGACAUGGACUUAUGACUAUGAAAGUAACCGUGAUCGUUGUGAAGAGUUGUCCAAUAUAAAUUCAUCAUUUUAAUUCUUCACGAAUAUAGCCCGCUAAGACCUAGACCUCGAUUUUCUCUGCGCGACGCCGUCGCCCGUCAUCCAUCUCUAUACCUAACACAAACCAUGUCCUUUCUUUCGAUCCUAGGUUACUUCUUCGGGGGUUACCUCGUUCUUAUUAUCACCCUACCUAUGGUUUCUGCCGUCGCCCCCAUCGUGGGCUUUGCCGCCCGCACGCUGUCUGCCUACAUCUCGAUACUAAUAUGUGCUAUCUUUGGCUUAUUCGCUUCGAUAUUCCUACGAAUAAUCGGUCGCGAGCAAAUUGCGCAGUGGACAACAGCACGUGCUUUCAAAUACGUUAUGGCGGUUACAUUAGGAAUCACGUUUGAAAUCGACGAUCCGAACCGAUAUCUCGAAACCGUUAGGCCAGCCGUAUUUAUUGGAAAUCACCAGAGCGAGUUGGAUGUUCUUAUGCUUGGAUGCAUGUUCCCCAAGUACUGCAGUGUAACUGCCAAGAAGGCGUUAAAAUAUGUACCAUUUCUGGGAUGGUUCAUGACACUGAGCGGCACAAUCUUCAUUGACCGGAAAAACUCGAAGGACGCAAGACAGGCCAUGGCGGGUGCUGCUAAGGAAAUCCAGACUCGAAAACAGAGCGUUUACAUGUUCCCCGAGGGCACUCGCAGCUACGGAAAGGAACCCGGCCUUUUACCUUUCAAGAAGGGCGCUUUCCACCUUGCUGUCCAGGCUGGUGUACCCAUCGUCCCUGUGGUAGCGGCAAACUAUUCGCACGUGCUGUACAUCAAGGAUUUUGUAUUCAGAUCCGGGAAGAUCCCUGUAAAAGUACUCGACCCGAUUCCCACCGCUGGAUUGAAACCCGAAGAUAUCGACGAGUUAACUCGCAGCACGCGGGAGCUUAUGCUUAAGGAGAUAGUAGCCUUGACUGAGAAGGCUCAAGGCAAACCCAUUGCCAUACCUGCUGAGAGUGGUGAUGGCGUCGUGCAUGCUAGCGGGGCUGAUGCCACGCUAUCAUAAGAAUAAUCGACUCUCAUAAGAGCUCUAUGGCGCUGCGGGCAUUUUUCCCAAGCGUGCCACUUCCCAGUAUAGUUUGCAGCUCUCUUUUUCAUCCAAAUCAUUAUAAUUAGUACAAGAUGCCCUGUUGAACCAGGAGGCAUCACUCAGUACAAAGAGCGCAUAUACGUUGAUACCCCUAUAGAUUAGGUCAUAUGGGUGCAUAACUAGAGACGGUCCUCUUCAGAAGACUUCAGGGGCACCGGCAGUGUUACCUCGCAAAAGUCAUGACAAGACUCUUGCUUUAUAACCUUUACAAUUAGACGACCUGGAGCUUGAGUUCCGAGGAGCAAUAGCGAUUCAGAGGCAUAAUUAUGGUAGAGGACAGAGAUGCCUUUAACUGAAUAUAUAUUCAAAUAUCAGCAAAUUUCGAGAAAUCGAGACUGGAGAAAGCUUUGGAUCAAUGCCUCGGUAUCUGUCUGCUCCAAUUUUGAACACGUGUUAUGUAUUGAUAAUUCACCACUUUAUAGCACAUAUUUUAAGAAAGAUUGUCUUCUAGGGCAUCUUGUAUUCUGUUCUAUCAUGCG